GAGAGAGGGGAGGAAGGGCACCCAGGUGAAGGAAGGGCUGACCUGCCGUGGAACAAGGAUGAAGGUGGUGGUCUGGUGUUGUGGGUCAUGCUCUGCCGGGAUCUGAGUUGUUCUAUUUGGCUGGAGACCCCGUUGCUUUGCCCCCCCGGAGGGGCUCUUUUCCUGGAAAAGCCGGGAAAAGCCAGGCGGGAGGAGCGGGAACCAUGAACCAGCAGCUGGAUCCUCCGCGGCCAAUCAACUGGACCAUCAGGAAACUGUGCGCCGCAGCCUUCCUACCAUCCGUACGCCUGCUCAAGGCACAGAAAUCGUGGAUAGAAAGAGCCUUCAGCAAGAGAGAAUGUGUUCAUAUCAUAGUGAGCGCCAAAGACCCCCAUAGGUGCUUCUGCGGCCGUCUGAUUGGUCAGCACGUUGGCCUGCCCCCCGGCAUCUCCUCCAGUCAGAAUGAUAAGGCGGAGCGUCUGGUUAAGAAUGACAGCCUAUCGGAGAAAUGGUCUAUCAGCAAACACACCCAGCUCAGCCCCACCGACGCCUUCGGAACCAUCGAGUUCCAGGGAGGGGGCCACUCUAACAAAGCCAUGUAUGUGCGUGUGUCCUAUGACACCAAACCAGAACUCCUGCUGCACCUUAUGACUAAGGAGUGGCAGCUGGACCUUCCCAAGCUGCUCAUCUCAGUGCAUGGGGGCCUGCAGAACUUUGAGCUGCAGCCCAAACUCAAACAGGUCUUUGGCAAGGGCCUCAUCAAGGCUGCCAUGACAACGGGAGCCUGGAUCUUCACUGGUGGGGUCAACACAGGGGUGAUCCGGCAUGUGGGUGAUGCGCUGAAGGACCAUGCCUCUAAAUCCCGGGGGAAGAUCUGCACUAUCGGCAUUGCCCCCUGGGGCAUUGUGGAGAACCAGGAGGACCUGGUGGGAAAAGACGUGGUCCGACCGUAUCAGACCAUGUCCAACCCGCUGAGCAAGCUGACUGUGCUCAACAGCCUGCACUCCCAUUUCAUCCUGGCCGAUAAUGGGACAACAGGGAAGUACGGUGCAGAGGUCAGACUGCGUAGACAGCUAGAGAAACACAUCUCCUUGCAGAAAAUCAACACACGUAUUGGUCAGGGAGUGCCAGUGGUGGCUCUGAUAGUGGAGGGGGGUCCUAAUGUGAUCUCCAUUGUGUUAGAGUACCUAAGGGACACGCCACCUGUGCCCGUGGUGGUGUGUGAUGGGAGCGGGCGUGCUUCGGACAUCCUGGCAUUUGGACACAAGUACUCUGAGGAGGGAGGGAUCAUAAAUGAGUCUCUGAGGGACCAGUUGCUGGUGACCAUCCAGAAGACCUUCACGUACAGUCGGACUCAGGCCCAGCACCUUUUCAUCAUCCUCAUGGAAUGCAUGAAGAAGAAGGAGCUGAUAACCGUUUUUCGGAUGGGGUCUGAGGGACACCAGGACAUUGACCUGGCCAUUCUCACUGCUCUUCUAAAAGGUGCCAACGCAUCGGCUCCUGACCAGCUCAGCCUGGCCCUGGCAUGGAACCGAGUGGACAUUGCCCGCAGCCAGAUCUUCAUCUAUGGACAGCAGUGGCCUGUGGGUUCUCUGGAGCAGUCUAUGUUGGAUGCCCUAGUGCUGGACAGAGUGGACUUCGUCAAGCUGCUGAUCGAGAACGGAGUGAGCAUGCAUCGCUUCCUCACCCUCUCCAGACUGGAGGAGCUCUACAACACGAGGCAUGGACCAUCCAACACACUACACCACCUGGUCAGAGACGUCAAAAAGGGUAACCUGCCACCAGACUACCGCAUUAGUCUCAUUGACAUCGGAUUGGUCAUUGAGUACUUGAUGGGCGGAGCUUACAGAUGCAACUACACCAGGAAGAGGUUUAGAACUCUGUAUCACAACCUCUUUGGACCCAAAAGACCCAAAGCCCUGAAACUGCUGGGGAUGGAGGAUGACAUGCCGAUCCGGAGGAGUCGCCAGAAGACUACACGUAAGCGGGAGGAGGAGGUGGACAUUGACCUGGACGACCCUGAGAUCAACCAUUUCCCCUUCCCCUUCCACGAGCUGAUGGUGUGGGCCGUGCUGAUGAAGAGACAGAAGAUGGCACUGUUCUUCUGGCAGCAUGGGGAGGAGGCCAUGGCCAAAGCCCUGGUGGCCUGUAAGCUGUGCAAGGCCAUGGCCCACGAGGCCUCCGAGAACGACAUGGUGGACGACAUCUCACAGGAGCUGAACCACAACUCCAGAGAGUUUGGACAGUUGGCUGUGGAGCUGCUGGACCAGUCAUACAAGCAGGACGAGCAGAUGGCCAUGAAGUUGCUGACCUAUGAGCUGAAGAACUGGAGUAACGCCACCUGCCUGCAGCUGGCCGUGGCCGCCAAGCACCGUGACUUCAUCGCCCACACCUGCAGCCAGAUGCUGCUCACUGACAUGUGGAUGGGACGCCUGCGCAUGCGCAAGAACUCUGGGCUGAAGGUGAUCUUGGGCCUGCUGCUGCCUCCGUCCAUCCUGAGUCUGGAGUUUAAGAACAAGGAUGAAAUGUCGUACAUGCCUCAAGACCAGGACACCUACCUGCAGGAGAAGGAGGAGGAAGAGCCCGAGCCCGCCAAAGAAAAGGAGGAAGAGGACAUGGAGUUCACAGUAAGAUCCUACUGUGAGACGCAGUACAACUCCGUGGCCAUGCUGGGUAAGGUAAGCACGGAGGCGUCUCGUAAGAAGGGUGUGGGGGAGGUCCAGAAUAGACACCGGCUCAUCCCCAUGGGCCGGAAGAUCUACGAGUUCUACAACGCUCCCAUCGUCAAGUUCUGGUUUCACACAAUGGCCUAUGUGGCGUAUCUGAUGCUGUUUAACUAUAUUGUGCUGGUGAAGAUGGACCUGUGGCCCUCACCGCAGGAGUGGAUUGUCAUCGCUUACAUCUUCACCAAUGGCAUCGAGAAGAUGAGAGAGAUUCUGAUGUCGGAGCCAGGGAAGCUGUUGCAGAAGGUGAAGGUGUGGCUCCAGGAGUACUGGAACAUCACGGACCUCAUGGCCAUCCUUAUUUUCUCCGUGGGCAUGGUUCUCCGACUCCAGGAACCGCCAUUCAUGAGCUACGGAAGGGUCAUCUACUGCGUUAACAUUAUCUAUUGGUACAUCCGGCUGCUCGACAUCUUUGGCGUCAACAAGUACCUGGGCCCAUAUGUCAUGAUGAUCGGCAAGAUGAUGAUUGACAUGAUGUACUUUGUGAUAAUCAUGCUGGUGGUGUUGAUGAGUUUUGGGGUGGCUCGGCAGGCCAUCCUGAACCCCAAUGAGGACCCGUCCUGGAUGCUGGCUCGGAACAUAUUCUUCAUGCCCUACUGGAUGAUCUAUGGAGAGGUGUUCGCCGACCAGAUCGACCAUGUGCAUAGUAGGAAGCUAAAGCACAGGCUGAAUUCAAAACUCUGGAUGGUCGAAAAUCAAUUUCGAGCUCAUGGAACCUGGCGUAAUAAUGCUCCGUGUGGCCAGAAUAUCACCGCGGACGACGGGCAUGUUGUGAUUCUGCCGCCAUGUAAGACGGGUGCCUGGAUCGUUCCUGCCAUCAUGGCCUGCUACUUGCUGGUGGCCAACAUCCUGCUGGUCAACCUACUCAUAGCUGUCUUCAACAACACCUUCUUUGAGGUGAAGUCCAUCUCCAACCAGGUGUGGAAGUUCCAGAGAUACCAGCUCAUCAUGACCUUCUACGAGCGGCCCAUCCUACCCCCUCCCCUCAUCAUCUUCAGUCACAUGACCAUGGUCCUCAAGCACCUGUGCUGUCGCUGGCGGAAGCACGACGAUGAAGAGAGAGAUUAUGGCCUUAAGCUCUUCAUCACUGAAGACGAGCUGAAGAAAGUUCAUGACUUUGAGGAGCAGUGCAUUGAGGAGUACUUCCGUGAGAAAGAUGACCGCUUCAACUCUUCGAAUGACGAGAGGAUCCGAGUGACGUCAGAGAGAGUGGAGAAUAUGGCUAUGCGUCUGGAGGAGGUGAAUGAGAGAGAACAUUUCAUGAAGGCAUCUCUACAGACCGUGGACAUCCGUCUGGCCCAGAUGGAGGAGCUGAUUGGUCGGAUUGCUGUGGCUCUGGAGCGAGUCACGGGAGUGGAGCAGGGAGAGGUCAACAAGGCCCGCUCUCGCACCUCCUCCGACUGCACAGACUCAGCCUACGUGCUGCGUCAGGGUGAGUGCCCAGAUGCAGCAUACUUUUUGCGCCAGAGCAGCUUCAACAGCCAAGAGGGGAACUCCUACCGACUCAAUGAAGGUGCAGAGGGCUCCAUGUCGCCGCCCUCCCCCACCAGUCUGGCCAUGCGCACACGCAGCCACUCUUUCUACGUGGGGGGAGGUCGCGAGCGAGCCGGGGCCGACCGGGCUCACCGUUUCCUCAAGGAGCACUCCUUCAGCCUGCAACGAGCCAAUAGUUCACAGUCGGUGGCCUUGUGCUCUGCCCCCAAGGAGUCUAAGCCCCUCCCACUGGCCACGCUGUCCGUCUCCCAGCAGCACCGCCCCUCUUCCUGCGUCGACAUCUUUGUGUCGGCAUCUGAGGAGGAGGGGCCAGCCAAGGUCUUCUUCGACCCACUGAGGAUGGCCCCUCCCCUCCGGCCUGACUCCUCGCUCCACUCUGAGAUUAUGGAGGCGGUGCUGUCGAGCGGGAGGGACUAUGGUGGAGGCAGCGGGUUGGGCGACAGACACUCUGAGGGUGGGGCCGUGUUCGAGGACAGCGUGGCUGCAGACCUGUCACUAUGCUCCGCCAACCUGCUCCCAGAUAACACUGUGCCGCUCUGGGAACUGGACCCCUCUCCUCCACCAUCAGCGGGCCUACUGGAGCGCUCCAAAAGCAGCCGCUACCUGUCCACUGGCGGCGGGGGCUACCUGGAAGAGCCUCAGCUGGUCAAGUCUCACAGCCUCAUGUUCACACCGCGAGGGUGCUAUGGAGGCCUAGGGGCAGGAGUUCAGGUCAAAGCGGCUGAGUACUCCAGCAUCACCGACUGCAUAGACACCAGGUGUGUCUCUGCCCCUUACUCCACCGACGACUGUUGCCACUCCCCCGGAGGCUCCACCUCAUUCCCCUUUGACAAGCCCCCUGACAUGAGCUCCUCCCACCCAGAGCGCGAGGCCGAGCUCAGCCACACAGAGUCAGAACCUGAAGACCUAGAGGAAAUGAUCCCUGCCCCCGAGCCCCGUCGCACAGGGAGUGGCUUUGGAGGGGCGAGUGGAACCCCUUUCUGCUCGCCCUUCUCCAGGCUGGAACGAGCCAACAGCUGCUCCUCAGACGACUCCUCCCACCCAUCCUUGGCACCUCCUCCCCACAGAAAAAGCCUGUCGGUCAGUGAGAGGAUGGAGAGGGGUGCAGACCAUGGGGUUCUGGGGGAACCCAGGAACCCCUUCCUGAGGAGCAAGUCUGGGGCGCGGCCUGACGCCAAGACAGACAGCCUCUCCAUGAGGAAGCUGACCACCCCCUCUGCGUUCCGCAGCUUCAACAGCAGACACAACUACACGUGACAAUUAUGAAGGGAACAACAAUGGGACAGGGCACAUUCUGUUAUACAGGACCAUAGGGCUGGCUGGGGGGAAAGCAAGGUCUAUGGGGAGGGAACCUACCAGUCUUAAACAAAGUGCUAUGAAGCUAGGGUAGUUCUUACCUCCUCCUCAAGCUGACUCUCAUUGCGUGUUUGGUAAUGGAGGCUAUGUACCGUGUCUGUGUACCAUUUUUUUUGUCAAGUCAACACACUAAUGCAUCACAUGUCACAGAACACUAGUCUAGUCCACAUAGAAAGUAUAGAGAAUUUUUUUGGGACUAAUAACAGGUUAGCCAGAGUCUUUAGAAAAUGAUCAACUUGGCCACCUGACAAUAUAUGACUGUAGGUCAGUAUUGCCAAAUUUCCUCAGGUUCUCCUUAUUUUCUCUUGGCCCUUAAACCGCCCAUACCCAUGGAUAUGACUCUUUGCUUUUGUGCUUCCACCACAGACAUAGCACUGCAUGCUACUGUAACUGCAUGCUACAACAGCAGCAUAAUUUGUAACCUAGUCUCCAGGGUAAUUGUACGUAUCGCAUAUAAGCCUGAAACGCCAACUACUAAAAUCUGGCCUAUGUGGUAUUGAAAAAUAGUCAUGGCUCCGAAAUAAUAAAAAAAACAUGUGGAGAGCUGAGGUGUUCGGAGGGAGGUGAUUGAUUAGAAAUAAAGCCAAUGGCUAUGGGUCAGGACUUUUUCCUGAUCGUUCUAUUGGGUUAAUGAAGGCCAUGUUGGAAGCUUUGGUCCACCAGACCAUCUGAACAUUAGGGGGAAGGGUCAGGUGAACUAGAUUACAGCAGUAGUGACUGUAGUAGAACACACAUAGAGACCAGUCAAACGUUUUUUUAUUUAAAAUUUUUAAUUGAACCUUUAUUUAACUAGGCAAGUCAGUUAAGAACAAAUUCUUAUUUACAAU